AUGAUGGAAACAUUAUUAUUUAAACUUAGAAAGUUGUGUUUAGUGUUAAAACAAGAAGAAUUUGGAAAUUUCUGGAGUUAUUAUUCUAAUAUUUUAUUAACUUCUUCCUCAAUUGUCCAUAAAUUUGUUGGGAAGGAUUUUAAAGAAAGAAGGGCAACAAUAUUUCAAAGAAGAAGAGGGAUUGCUAAACUUGUGUUUAUAGCUCAUCAAGGUUAUAAAUUCUUUAAAAAUGAAAUUUCAUAUUUAAAAAAAGAAAUGGCUGAAUGCGAAGAAGUAUUGUUCGAAGAAACGAAAGAAAAAAUUUUGAAGCGACGAAAAGCUGAGAGGGGAGUAGACGAGAAUGGCCCUAUUGCUAAACGUACUCGUUCUCAAUAUAUUACAAAAUAG